UAUCAUGGCGGCCUCCGUAUAGUGGCACGGGUUCUGCUGUAAGGUGACUGGAGGACGAGCACAGGUGGGGCCACCGGCAGUAUAACACCCUAGAUUUUUUGCCCUACGAAAAAAAGUCUGAGGAGUAGCCCCGGCAGUGAGUUUAAGGAGGAAAACGACAGCAUGUGUUCUCUUUCACAAAUAGGAGUGACUUUUGUUUUAUACUGGCAACUUUAAACCCAUUUGAAAGUGUUUCCGUGGAUAGCAAAAUGAACAACAAAACAAGUUCCUUUCUAUGGAACCUCAGACAACUCAGUACUUCAGUUCCAAAAAGCAGAACUUUGAGGCAGUAUUCUUUGGGAUUUYGCACACCAAAAAAUGCUCAUUCAAACCAGAAGCUAAGAAACCUUCUGUUAAAUUACUUUCAUGGUAGAAUGCAAACAUCCAUUAGAUACCUCUUUCAGGGUCCAUUCAUUUUAAAAUCAGGAUAUAGUGUCUUUCAAACAAAAGACCUAAGCAAUGUCACUGUCUUUAAAGUUGACAGACUACUUUGUUCUAGAAGCUUAUCCGCUGACUCAACACAUUCUCUUGUCUCUGUUGGUACAUCUGAUGAUGGRUUGAAGAAAGUAAACUUCCAUCAUGAGGCCUCUGGUGACGAUAUGUUCACCAAGGGAACAAAACCAACCCCUGUGACCUCUAGAAAACUGUCUGAGGAAUGUAAUUCCCUGUGUGAUGUUUUAGAUAUAUUUUCCAAAGCACCUACAUUUCCUAGCAGUAACUAUUUGUCAGCAAUGUGGACAAUUGCCAAAAGGAUGUCCGAUGACCAGAAACACUUCGAAAAGCAGUUGAUGUUUAAUCACCCUGCAUUUAACCAGUUGUGUGAACAAACGAUACGAGAAGCCAAGAUUAUGCACUAUGACCACCUACUGUUCAGUCUUCAUGCUAUAGUGAAGCUUGGAGUCCCUCAGAAUACUCUUCUGGUACAGACGUUGCUGAGGUUUAUCCAGGAACGUAUCAAUGAGUGUGAUGAGAGAUGUCUUUCCAUUUUGUCAACUAUUUUAGAGGCAAUGAAACCAUGCAAGAAUGUGCAUGUUCUUCGAGCAGGAUUGUGGAUACUAGUUGAUCAGCAGGUUUGGAAAAUAGAACGUGUCUUUACUUUACAAACUGUGAUGAAAUAUAUUGGAAAGGAUACACCAGUUGCUCUUAAAAGGAAAUUGGAGAUGAAAGCCUUGAAAGAAUUAGACAGAUUUUCUGUUUUGAAUAGCCAACGCAUGUUUGAGGUAUUAGCUGCUAUGAAUCACCGUUCUGUUAUACUCCUGAAUGAAUGCAGUAAGAUGGUCAUAGAUAAUAUCCAUGGAUGUCCUUUUAAAAUAUUGAUCAGCAUAUUGCAGUCCUGCAAAGACCUCCGAUACCAGAAUUUAGAUCUCUUCAAGGGAAUAGCAGAUUAUGUGGCUACAACUUUUGAAAUCUGGAAAUUAAAACAAGUUCUUUUUCUCCUCCUUUUAUUUGAAAACUUUGGAUUUCGACAUGUUGGUUUGAUGGACUUGUUUAUGAAGAAAAUAAUAGAGGAUCCUUCAUUCUUAAGCUUGAGGAGCAUUGUCCCUAUUCUUCAUGUAUAUUCUUCUCUCAAUCAUUUCUGUGAUUCCCAGGACAGAGAGUUCCUGGAAAUUAUGGCUAGUGCUCUGACCGGCUGUCUUCAUCACAUCUCUUCUGAAAACCUUCUGAAUGCAAUAUGUUCAUUUUGUGUGAUUAAUUAUUUCCCCUUGGCCCCUGUUAACCAGCUUCUCCAAAAGAAUGUGAUCAAUGAGCUGCUGACAUCAGGUGACAUUGAGAGGAAUGUUCAUAAGCUUCACAUUGUUGAUACUUGUUUAAAACUGGAUGACACUCCUUAUCAGAAGGCCAAAGACAUUUCACUACCACAGCAGCCAUCACCACCACCACRCCCAAAUGCAGAGAUUACAGAGGCACUAACUAGCCUUCUAGGUGGUGAAGGAUACUUCUCCAAAGAUGUGCAGUUGCCACAUAAUUAUCAUAUUGAUUUUGAAAUCAGAAUGGAUACUAACAGGAGCCAAGUGCUUUCAUUUUCUGACAUUGAUGUGACUUCUGCUACAAAUAUGCAAAGAGUAGCUGUGCUGUGUGUUCCUAGAUCUGUUUAUUGUUUGGAUUCAAACCACCCCAGAGGAUUCUUUGCUGUGAAAAUUCGUCAUUUGAAUGCAAUGGGUUUUCAUGUAAUCUUGGUCAACAAGUGGGAGUUGGAAAAACUAAAGAUGGAAGAUGCGGUCACAUUUUUGAAGACUAAAAUUUAUUCAGUUGAAGCCCUUCCUUCUGCUGAUGCAAAUUUGCAAAGCACAUGUUAAAGUAAAAGUCAACCUUUUCAUAUUAGGACAUAUGCAUUUAUAAAAAUAACUUUAAUAAAGACUGAAAUUCGGGGCUGGGGAUGUGGCUCAAGUGGUAGUGUGCU